GGCGGGUGCCGCGGCCCAGGCCUGGGGUCGGGGCGGAGGCUUGGGUCGCGCCUCUUUGUCUCCACGGGCAGCGGCGCAACCCCGGGCCCCGGGCGGAAGUGAGACGCGCUCGGCGCGGGGGCCGUGGCGACCGCACCAUGAGCGACAUCCGCCACUCGCUGCUGCGCCGCGACGCGCUAAGCGCGGCCAAGGAGGUGCUGUACCACCUGGACAUCUACUUCAGCAGCCAGCUGCAGAGCGCACCGCUGCCCAUCGUGGACAAGGGCCCUGUGGAGCUGCUGGAGGAGUUCGUGUUCCAGGUGCCCAAGGAGCGCAGCGCGCAGCCCAAGAGACUGAAUUCACUGCAGGAGCUUCAACUUCUUGAAAUCAUGUGCAAUUAUUUCCAGGAGCAAACCAAGGACUCAGUUCGGCAGAUUAUUUUUUCAUCCCUUUUCAGCCCUCAAGGGAACAAAGCCGAUGACAGCCGGAUGAGCCUGUUGGGAAAGUUGGUCUCCAUGGCGGUGGCUGUGUGUCGAAUCCCGGUGUUGGAGUGUGCGGCUUCCUGGCUGCAGCGGACGCCUGUGCUCUACUGUGUGAGGUUAGCCAAGGCCCUCGUGGAUGACUACUGUUGUUUGGUGCCAGGAUCCAUUCAGACGCUGAAGCAGAUAUUCAGUGCCAGCCCGAGAUUCUGCUGCCAGUUCAUCACCUCUGUUACUGCACUCUAUGACCUGUCGUCAGAUGACCUCAUCCCACCUAUGGACUUGCUUGAAAUGAUUGUCAACUGGAUUUUUGAGGACCCAAGGUUGAUUCUCAUCACUUUUUUAAAUACUCCGAUUGCAGCCAAUCUGCCAAUAGGAUUCUUAGAGCUCACCCCGCUUGUUGGAUUGAUCCGCUGGUGCGUGAAGGCGCCCCUGGCUUAUAAAAGGAAAAAGAAGCCCCCUUUAACCAAUGGCCAUGUCAGCAACAAGGUCGCAAAGGACCCGGGCGUGGGAAUGGACAGAGACUCCCACCUCUUGUACUCAAAGCUCCACCUCAGCGUCCUCCAGGUCCUCAUGACGCUGCAGCUGCACCUGACUGAGAAGAAUCUUUAUGGGCGCCUGGGCCUGAUCCUGUUUGACCACAUGGUCCCACUGGUCGAGGAGAUCAAUAGGUUGGCAGAUGAACUGAACCCCCUCAACGCCUCCCAGGAGAUUGAGCUCUCGCUGGACCGGCUGGCGCAGGCUCUGCAGGUGGCUAUGGCCUCAGGAGCUCUGCUGUGCACGAGAGAUGACCUGAGAACCUUGUGCUCCAGGCUGCCCCAUAAUAAGACUCUGAAUUUCUGGGUCGUUUGCAAGGCCAGCUUCCUGGGGCUUCUGCUUGGAAUUCAGCCUCCUCCAGCUGGUGAUCUCGGGCCCAGUGCAGCAGCCGCCUCACGCCGCGCUCCCCCCGGGCUUCUACCCCCACAUCCACACGCCCCCGCUGGGCUAUGGGGCCGUGCCGGCCCACCCUGCCGCCCACCCCGCCCUGCCCACUCACCCCGGGCACACCUUCAUCUCGGGCGUGACAUUCCCCUUCAGGCCGAUCCGCUAGGCUGGCCUGCGUGUGCCUUCUGCACCCUCGCUGGACGAAGCCUUCUGAGAAGGAAGGGGUGGUCGGCCCCCCUGAAGAGGACGUCGGGGAAGCGGCAGGGCAGCCCCUCCCCGCUGGCAGAAUCGUCUGGGUGCGGGAGCUUUGACGUCACGGAGUCCAGGUGCUUCCCACCCGGUCGCAUUCUUAGACAUCCAGAUUGGAUGGUGAAGGGAAGAGUCCAGCCCUCUGCCGAGAGGCUGAUGCAGGCAUUUUUAAAACAUGCCGAUGCUGGGAGCCUCUGUUCUAUACGCAUUUCAGACACACAGCCUGUGUGGUGAGGAGUGUGAUGGCAGGAGCCGCAGGUGCAAGCCCGUGUGUGUCUGGCCUCUUUCCUCGUGAAGAUGAUGUGUCCCCACCAGAUAAAGCAGGCUCUUUCUGCAGCCCCGGGAGCUGAGCCCAGGCUGCCUAUAGUGACCAGAAGCUUGUGUGCAGCACUGCUCAGGGAAGCUGUCAGGAAUCCCCCUUACUUCGGAAAGGAAUUUCUUUGCUUUGUUGGGGGUGUCUAAAUUUUCCUUUCAUAUGUUCAAAUAAAUUUUUUCUAAACAGUCAUA